AUGCACCCCCCAUCUCCACAACUCCUUCGCGCCCUCCGCACCUCACUCACCACCCCAGCCCGACUCUCCCAAUUCCCAACAACCUCACGAUGUGCUCUCCCAAGACUGAGCCACCAAACCCCCUCUAGCAGACGCAACAACAGCUCCAAUAUCCGCCCAUCCCGCAUGGUCUCUCGCGCCCACGCUCAUAAGCCUGCCAGUCGCGACCGCGGCCCAGAGUCGAACGAAGACACUGUGACGGACUUUGCCGCGCUGAACGUAUUGGGCAAUAUCCCGGUGCCCACAACAGCCAUUGACGCCACUCUUGACUCUGGCUUCCAUCUCAACAGUGGUGUCAAGGUUACCGGUGGCGACGGUUUGCUGCUUGUUGGUGGUGAGGCUUUUGCGUGGAGGCCGUGGAAGGCUGUAGAGGGAGCACAGGAUGAUCGCGCUGCUAAGAACAGCAUGAUUAAUGCAAAGGGCCAGUUUGAACUUGAUGAAUCUGUUUGGGGAAUUUUGGACGUCGUUUGGCCUAAGCCUGAUAUGCUUAUUCUUGGUCUGGGUGCUUCAAUGUUCCCUCUCUCGCCUGAUACGAAGCGCCACAUCAACUCAUUGGGCAUUCGGGUUGACAUUCUGGAUACCCGAAAUGCGGCUGCUCAGUUCAAUCUGCUUGCUACAGAGCGCGGUGUUGGUGAGAUUGCUGCUGCCAUGAUUCCUAUUGGGUGGAAGGGAAAGUCUUGA